CACGAAGGUGGGAACAAUUUAUCAUCCGGAACUACUUAUUCAACCCGGUUCUAUUUUGGGUGAGGACCUGGACCAUUCGGAUGGUCGUUCUCGCGCUUUAACGCUUUCAUCUACUUCGUCAACACAACGAAUAUGGCCCUUCCUGGCCCGAAUAAGGACAAUAUCAGAGCCGGAUGCAAGAAAUGCGGAUAUCCGGGCCAUUUGACCUUUGAGUGCAGAAAUUUUGUGAGAGUUGACCCCCAGAAAGACAUUGUUCUAGAUGUAAGUAGCACCAGCACUGAGGAGAGUGAAGAGGAAGUUCUGAAUCGAUGUGGGCAAAGUCGUCGAGAGUCUUGUGAUGAUGACCACAAAAAAGAGAAGCAUAAACUGAAAAAGAACAAAGAGAGAAAAUCAAGAAGUAGAUAUUCUUCAACAUCAAGUGAUGAAGAAGCUACCAGAAAGAAAAAGAAACGUAGCAGGUCCCUCUCUGCGUCAGAUGAUGACGAGCGAAGAAAGAAAAAGAAACUGAAAAGCCACAAGAAAAAAAGUAAGAAGAACAAACGGGAUCACGGAAAGCAUAAGAAGAGACACAGAAAGAAGAAACAGGAAAGCUCCACCAGUUCGAGUGGAUCAGACAGUGAUUGAACUGUGUCCAGGGGUCCAUUUUGUUUUCCAUUCCAAUUUUUCUUGACACUCAAAAAAUGACUUGGUAAAAUAAACCGAUGGUAAUAAGUGUGGAAGAGCUAUACUGAAGAAGUAGCUGUUUUUUUUUUUUUUCCAGUUUUAUUCAUGGGAACGUUUUGGGUUAUUUAGGGAGGUAUGUAAAGCAUAAGAGAAUCUGCUGAAAAGUUGUAUGCUUUAACUACGUCAACUGUAAGUUUUUAACAAAACAAUAAAAAAAAAAACACAAGGUUAUUUGAUAGUAGUGAUCAUAUGUAAAGUUAGAAAUUAAUUGUUGACUAUACCAUACCUCAAUACCCAAUAAAAGCAUUUUUAUCA